AUGAAUGAAAACACUUCGAACAUCUCAAUACUUCAAUGUGAUAUCUCUUCGCGUGUCGACUCUUUGCGCUCCAGCAUAAUCGCCACUAACGGUCCGAUCGCUGUGCUGAAUACUAUUGCAACGGCAAGUGACCAGCCAAAAACCUCCAGUGAGUCCAUCUGCAUCUUCUACCAGAACGUCCGUGGAUUGAAGUCCAAGAUCUCCGAAGUGUUUCUGAGUACCUCAGAGUUCUCGUACGACGCGUACGUUUUUACUGAGACGUGGCUUGACGAUCGCAUCGCCUCUCGCCAAUUGUUCAGCAAUGAUUAUAAUGUCUUCCGAGUUGAUCGUGGUGCGCAUAAUAGUUUACGGAAAAGAGGUGGAGGAGUUUUAGUAGCCGUUGCAAAAAGCAUAAAUGCGGCCCCUGUUCAUCUAUCCUGCGGACAAGCCGUUGAAAAUUUAUGGAUCAAAAUCGCUUUUCAUGACAAGGUCAUUUUCCUUGGUGUUGUUUAUAUUCCGCCGAACAAUAGCAAGGAUUGCGACCACAUUCAAUUGCAUUUGGACACUGUUGUUGAAAUCGUGAACCGUUCUGACUGUAAUGAGAUAAUCCUCUUUGGUGACUUCAACCAACCUCGCGUGGAAUGGAGUGCAACUACAGGUGGUUACCUAUUCGCUGAUCCACUUUUAUCGUACUUUACACCAGCUUGUCGCACAUUACUCGAUGGUUUGACGUUUUGCCGUUUGAGACAACGUAAUGCAGUUCGCAACUCCAGGGACCGAAUUCUUGACUUGAUUUACACUUCUGACUCUAUCACUAGUAGUAGUACUGCCGAAGAAGCUCCCGAACCUGUUGUGCGACUGGAUCCUGAUCAUCCUGCUCUUUUGUUAACCAUCAAGGGUCUGCCCGCUGUUGCUCAUACCAAUGACGUUGAUGCAUCCGAAUACAACUUCCGUAAAACUAAUUUUGACGCCCUCAAUGGAUUGCUCUGCCAAAUGGAUUGGUCUGAUGUAUACGCCACUGUGAAUGUUGAUGACGCUGUCACUGCUUUCAAUAAUAAAUUGCGUCGCUGUUUCUCUGAGGUGGUACCCCCAUUUAAACCUCCGAAAAAUCCACCAUGGUCUAAUGCGCGGUUAAGGUAUCUGAAACGACAACGUUCUAAAAUGCUAAAGAAAUAUUGUCUGCAUAAAAACCAGUUCUCCAAAUGCCAAUUUGAGGAAGCGAGUCGAGUAUACCGCUGCUACAAUCGACUGCUGUAUAGACGACAUCUCAAUCUGACAGAAAGUAGCUUACGCAGGCACCCGAAACGGUUCUGGACGUUUGUAAACUCUAAGCGGAAGGAUUAUGGUCUACCUACGUGUAUGAAGUUAGGUGAUCUAACCGCUUCCACUGUCGAUGGAAAGUGCGAACUUUUUGCUUCACAUUUCGGGAAUGUAUUCAACUCUACCGCAGCCCUCCAUGAUCCAGAUAUAAGCAACGCUUAUUCAUUCCGAGAUGGUAGCUGCGGCUCUCGCGAAGUUGAAGUCGUCAUAUAUUGCUGGGCCGGACGGCAUCCCAUCGUGUGUGCUGAAAAAGUGUUCCGGUGCACUAGUAGAACCUCUGCAAGCGAUUUUCAAUCUCUCACUGCAACGUCGAACAUUUCCUACAAUCUGGAAAAGCUCGUUUUUGACGCCGGUAUACAAAAAGGAGACAAAACGGAUAUUGCCAACUAUCGUGGGAUAAUUUCGCUGUCAGCCGGGUCGAAAUGCUUAGAGACCAUACUGAACAAAGUGAUUUUUGAAGCAUGCAAAAACUAUAUUACAUCAUCUCAGCACGGAUUCUUUCGCAAGCGAUCUGUGGAGUCGAACCUCUGUGAGUUUACUUCCUUCUGUAUCAGCAAGAUGGAUGCUGGUGUACAAAUUGAUGCAAUAUACACGGAUAUCAAGGCUGCUUUCGACACAGUGAACCACGAAAUACUUUACGCCAAACUUCGACGUCUCGGCUUCUCAGAUAGACUCUGUGAUUGGCUGAAAUCUUACUUAGCAAACCGACAGCUAUAUGUAAAGAUAAGAUCGGCUGAAUCAACAAUAUUCAGUCCGCAGUGCGGGGUUCCUCAAGGAAGUAACUUAGGACCACUUCUAUUCGCUCUUUUCUUCAAUGAUGUCUCUUCGAUUAUACCGAACAGUUGUGUGUUGAUCUACGCGGAUGAUUUGAAAAUUUAUCUCGUCGUCCACAAGCUAGAUGAUUGUUUCCUUCUACAGGAUAUGCUUGACAGCUUUACCAGGUGGUGCCGGCUGAAUCAUCUCGUGAUUAGUAUAGCAAAAUGCUGUGUGAUUUCUUAUCGGCGUCUGAAGAAUCCCAUUCUGUUCAACUACUCCAUCGACGGAACUGUUUUGAAACGUGUCGAUCAAAUUAAGGAUUUAGGCGUUCUGUUAGAUUACCAACUGUCCUUCAAAGCGCACUACUCUGCUACUGUGGACAAGGCUAAUCGCCAACUUGGUUUUGUUUCGAAAGUUGCUGUUGAUUUCACUGAUCCACUGUGUCUACGCGCAUUGUACUGUUCUUUAGUUAGAUCUAUACUCGAAUUCGGGUCAAUUGUAUGGUCGCCAUAUGAAGAGUUAUGGAUUUCCCGAAUCGAAUCUGUGCAGCGUAGGUUUGUUCGAUACGCGCUAUGUAAUCUUCCAUGGACGAAUCCGCAAGACCUGCCUCCUUAUAAACACCGGUGUGCAUUGAUUGGCAUCGAAACAUUGGAAGAUCGACGAAAUGCCAACCAAGCUGUUUUUGGUGCAAAAAUUUUACAAGGUGAAAUUGAUAGUCCCGCCCUGCUUGGUCAAAUUCACAUCUACGCACCACAGUGCAUUCUAAGGCCCAGACAGUGGCUACGACAACCUCCUAGAAAUACUGUAUAUGGCAAUAAUGACCCAAUGUUGAGUGUGAGCGGACGAUUCCAAGAGGCUUAUCAUUUAUUCGAUUUUAACGUGUCUACAAAUACCUUCCGUCAGCGAAUUUACAAAAGCAUGUGA